UCCGGAGGCCAGGGUGAAGACAUGUUGGAGGUCCGUCAACGUCACGAUGCUGUGGUUAAACGGAGGCAGGAAAGGAGCGAAGCAGCUGGAGAUGCUGCUGCUCGAGUCUGCGCCCGAGCUGGGGACGGGGAAAUGUCGACCGAGACGCUGACUGUUUUCUUGAAGUUGUGCGCGGCAGUUUUUUACGGAGUCAGCUCCUUUUUUAUUGUGGUUGUGAACAAGAGCGUCCUCACCAGCUACAGAUUUCCUUCAAUAGUAUUUCUGGGCAUUGGUCAGAUGUUGGCAACAGUGACCUUGCUGUGGGUGGGUAAGGUAUGCAGGGUGGUGAAGUUUCCCAGCUUAGACUACAGCAUACCUCGAAAGGUGUUUCCACUACCCCUCUUAUACCUAGGGAACCAACUUACAGGAUUACUCGGCACUAAGAAGCUGAAUCUCCCAAUGUUUACAGUUCUAAGGAGGUUUUCCAUUCUGUUUACAAUGAUAGCAGAAGGCUUGUUACUGAAUAAGAAUUUCUCUCGAUCUGUUCAGGUGACUGUAUUUGCGAUGAUACUUGGUGCAUUUAUUGCUGCCAGUUCUGACAUGACAUUUGACUCUUUUGGAUAUGGAUACAUUCUUACAAAUAAUGUACUAACAGCUGCCAACGGAGCUUAUGUCAAGCAAAAAUUGGAGUCAAAAGAGCUGGGUAAAUAUGGACUACUUUAUUACAAUGCCCUCUUCAUGAUUUUGCCUUCUUUGGCCAUUGCAUAUAUCACAGGCGAUCUUCAGAAGGCAGUUGAUUUCGAAGGGUGGUCAAAUUCAGUGUUUGUCAUGCAGUUCCUGCUGUCCUGUGUAAUGGGGUUUAUUCUCAUGUAUUCUACAGUACUGUGCACUCAGUAUAAUUCUGCUCUUACUACCACAAUUGUUGGUUGUGUAAAGAAUAUUUUGGUGACUUAUAUUGGAAUGUUUUUUGGUGGAGAUUAUAUAUUCACAUGGACCAACUUCAUCGGGUUAAAUAUUAGUAUUGCCGGAAGCUUGGUCUAUUCCUACAUUACGUUCACAGAGGAGCAGUCGGCCAAGACAUCAGGAAACAGCAACAGUGUAGAUGUCAAGGGGAAAAUAGCUGUAUGAAUGGGAAGGAACUUCAGAGAUGUAUCAACUAUUUUUAGUGCGUUAUUAAUUUUAACUUUUAAAAAAAAAUGUGUUGUAAAGAAAUUGUAGAUUUUGCAAUUUUGGUAGAUUGAUAUUUGAAGGACCAAAAAAAAUUUUUUUAAAGGGCCCUCUUUCACUAAAGCCUCGGAGUAUCUGACGGCACUGCCAAUCCCCUAUUGUGGUCUUCACUUUCAUUCCACUGCUCCAAAAAACAGUCCCUACUCAUUGACAUUUCAGUUUCAUUGUGUUUCAAAAUGUCUGUGUUUUUUCCUCUUCCCACUCCUAUAACAGAGAAGGAACUGGUACAGUAAUAAGGUGGUCUUAGAAUUGGGGUACAUGCUCUGCUUAAAAUUAGAUUGAAUUAAGUGCUUACAAAUGUAGCAUGUCUAGUUGUAAGACUUCUUGAUUGCUGUGCCAUCCGGUAACUUCCUUCAUUGUCGGUACUCUGACUUUCUCUGCUCACCAGCAAUUUUCAACAUGCUUCUGAUUCUCAAUUCAUGAACAUAAUCUUAAACUAGGGAUGCCUUGUGGAGUAUUGAGUGGCAGGUCAGCUAUCUUGUGCACUGGUACUAUCAAAUUUUGUUCUGCUACCAGACCUCUAGUAGAAUGGAGUUUUACUCUAAUUGUAGGUAAAUUGAGUCUUGAUCUUACAGAAGACCAAUAUUCAAGAAACCUGUAGAAAGCCUGAGUUGUUACUUAUGAAAUUGUGGCAUUGAGUAGGAAGACCUCUUAUUGUUCCAUAUUUUCCAGUUUUCUAAUUUUAGAAAUGAGUUUGGGGAGCAAGAAUUUAGUUAAUGGUGAAAGUCUGUCAUUUCAGCACAUUUACAUAACAGUUUAAAAAAAAAAUGCAUAGAAAGAUCUCUAUGCAAAGAAUACAGUCCUACCAGUAAAGUAUCCCAAUAAUUAUGACAUUAUAGAUGGAAUUUUCAUGUGGCAUGUCAUAAUCCUUUUCAAAAUCAACUUCAUGGAAUACUAAACUAGGUUUUUAUAGAAUUAUUUCUGAAAUGCAGUUCAUCCUGGCAUUGUUAAAAUAAAUGCAAAAAUUAAACUUAAUGAAAUUUGCUGAUUGAGUUGAAUGUUAAAAUUUCAGUGUAUAAAUUUGAAUCAUUAGUAUGAGCAGUUUUCCAAUGAAAACAUUUUUAACUUGAGCAGUAAACCAUUUUAAAUGUGUUUGAGGUCUGAUGUAUCUGCUAAAUCAUUUGUGCAAUUUGAAGAUUACAAAACCCUAGUUCAGAUUAAAAAUGAUAGUAGUGUGGGUACAAAUUAUACACUAUCUUCUUUCCAAUCUCUUUUCAGGAAAUGCUUAGUAUAUUAAAUUAAUGCUUCAUAUUUUGGUCUGAAUCUAGAUAUACCAGAAAGUGUGGCAAUUGUUCUGCACUUCAACAGCUUGCUUGAAGAGCUGCAGUGUGAUGUUAAUGUGAUGACUUCAUUACUUUCUUUAUAUGGAAUGUAGAUUUGAGGGCAUUGGUGGACUGUAAUAUCUUCAGUGCAUACAUGCAAUGCUUUAACGAGAAAAAGUUUUCUAAAGUUUCAAUUUUCUGAAAUACGCGUUCUGGCAGAGUAGUUCACCCAAUGACAUUUGCUGAUUGUGAUUUUGUGAAUGCAAUUAAGUGAAUGAUAUCGAUGAUCCUGCAUAUUUAAAGGCUAAGUGGGUCCUAUGGACUUAUAAGAUACUGCACUGCCCAGACCUUUUGACUCCAGUUUCAAUGUGGCAGCAUUUGCUUUUGUGCAGCACUAUAUGUGCUUAUGUAAUGAUACAAUAAAGCUCCAUGUAGAGCUUUGCUGCAGUCCGCCAAUAUGCUAUAUGUUUCAUGGCUGAUUUUAGAAAUGCUGCUUUUAGUAUUUAAAAAAUCAAAUGCUGGUCUUGAUCUGUAAACAUGUUGCAUUGUUCAAUGUUUAUAAACACAAGUGCCUGGAUAUUGAAUUAGAGUUGACUUAUGAACAAUUUUUGAAUUAAUAUUUGUGUAUUUAACCCAUCAGAAUCUAGUUGUAAUCUGGUUCUGAUUUUGUAAAAUCUAGAUUUUUUUAAUGCAAUUAGUACCAAAAUUGGAUAGAAAGAAGCCUAUAAUAGUGUUUUUUUUGCCAUUUCCUGUUCCAAUGAUUCUACUUUUUCUGCUUUUUAAUGGUGCAUUUUAUCUAUUCUUUGGAUUGUGAUUCGAAAUUGACAAAUACACUUUGUAAUAUAGUUUUUUUAAUGGCUCUGAUUAGCUGUGAUACUCUUGAGGAAUUAAUAUUAGGAAUUAAUAAAUCAGUUAAUUGAGGAAUUGACUAUUAGUCUGCAUCCUGUAGUCUCUAUACAAAUUAUGAAUACAGAUGGACUACUGAAUAUUGCAGCCUCACAAUUUAAAAUUCAUUAUUUUAUAAAAUUUAAGAUUAAUUUGAAAUCUUGUUUCAUUUAUUUUGUAGAUUGGGUGUUCAUUUUUUAUUCUCAAAAGUAUUGCUGAAUAAAGAGAUGUUGAAGCUUUACAUCUUGCAAUUCAGGACACUUCACAAGAAUACCAAUAUAAGGGGAAUCCAAUGAUUUAUACUGUAUGCGAAGAGAGUGCUGAUUGCUUAGCAAGUGGACUCAGAUUGGUAAAGGCGUUGCCAUGGAGAAUGAACCAGUGAUGGUCACUGACAGUUAACUGCCAAGCAUUGUUUGAAAGUUAAACCAGGCAGCUUAACCCUGAUUGGUCAAGACAUUGCCCUGAGGAAUGAGUCUGCGAAUGGCUGUCACGUAUUUUGUUUAGCUGAAACGGGCACAAUGUGUGUAUAUGUUCUUUCUGUCUGCAAAGAGCAGGGCUCUGCAUUAAUAUAUGUAGCUUCCAGUACACGGAAAGCCUAUUGCAAGCCCGAUUGACAAUUUUAAUAGUUGUCAGCUUAAUUCUUAGCACACUGAGGAUCACUUGAGCAAAUGUUGUCCAAUUGUAGAAUCAUAUCUAAUGCUGGACACUUUUGAGUUUUGCAAGCACAGGCUGGUUCAGUAUAGCCUAUUCCUUGCCUGUUGCGAACAGCAGCUGGGACAUGCUGUUUGAAACGAUCCACCAGCCUUUGGGAUGUAUAGCCUACAUACCUAGCCUCAUGCUGGCACUGAAAUUCAUCUGCCACAUUACUCAUUUGUGUGAUAGGCAGAACAUCUUUUUGGCUUGACGGCAUGCCCUGUUAGUGGCAAAUAUCACUUGUUUUGUUACUGCAUAGCAGCAGCGUGAAACAGCUAGCUUCAUCUGUUGUUAAAUUUUUGAGAUACCUUUCCUUUCCAGGGUAAUCUGAGGUAGAUUGGGCACUUUUCAGGGACGAAAGUGACAGCCUUAGGUCAUCUGAGUUUGAUAUACAGUGCGAAAUGAUCUGAUCAUGGUAGCCUUUACCCCGUAGGAUGUUGCGCCCUAUUUCAGCAUCAAGCUUGCCUGGUGUGCAAAUGGCUCUGGCCCUAUUUACAAGGUUGCCAAUAAGACUGAUCUUAUAAUGUGUGGAACUGUUUAAUUAAAAAAAAAAUCCCAAUGUGUACAUUGACCAGUGAAGGUAGGUUUAUGGUAGAGAACUCACUGGCAGAUUUCUCAAUUAGUAUAUCAAGGAAGGGGAGUUCAUUUGACUGUUCCAUUUCAAAGGUGAAUUUGAGAGCUGGAUGGAGCCCAGUAAGACAUGUAAAGAAAUUGUUACAUGCAGCUACAGAUUGAAAUACAGCAAACGUAUCAUCCACAUAUCGGAAAUAUGAGGGGUAAGAGGUUAGGUGUCAUUCCAUUGAAGACACCUUUCUCAUGGAGCCCAAUAAAGAUGUUUGCAAGAGCUGGACCUAGAGAGGAUCCCAUGGCAACACCAUCUAUUUGGGCAUACAUGGUGUCAUUAAAACUGAAUUCAACUACACGAGUUGCUGAGUUCGUAAGUUCAAUGAAUACUGAUUCAAACAAGGGAGGUGGGUCUAGAUCAGCAUGAUAUAGUGCUGCAGUGCAAAUAUCUAUGGCUUCAUUAAGUGGAACAUUGGUGAAUAGGCUAGCGAUGUGCCUUUGCAUGUACUGGAAGCUACAUAUAUUAAAACACAGGGCUCUGUUCUUUGUAGACAGGACAUGUACACAUUGUGUACAUGUCCUGUUUCAGCUAAACAAAAUAAAUGACAGCUGUUCGCUGGCUCAUCCUUCAGGACAGUGCAUUGACCAAUCAGGGUUAGGCUGCCUGGUUUAACUGUCAAUCACUGGUGCAUUCUUCAUGGCAAUGCUUCUACCAAUCAGAGGCAUUGUGGUGGACCGUGGUACCACGUGGUCCAUUUGCCAACCAAUCAGUACUCUUCAUAAACAGUAUAACUUGUUGUUUUCCUCAUAUUGGUAUUCUUGCAAAGCGUCCUGAUGAACUAAACUAAAAGUUUCAACCUGUCCUUUUUUUUCAGCAAUACUCAAGUUCUGUACUACCAAACAAUUAUUCUCAAAUGUGAAGAUUUGGACAAAAAUGCUGCUGCCCCUAGAGAAAAGGAUUUUGUUUAUCUUUUAGAUGACAAUGCAUAAUGUAACAAUUGAUUUUAAAUUCAACUUAAUCAGUUACUAACUAUGAUUAUUGACUAUAAAACCCUUAUCCUAAUCCAGUGGUGAUCAUGGAUUUCAAUAAAACUCUACUAUCAGCUCUGUUGUGAUUUUUAAGCUUUUGGUUUAUCCAGAGAAAUGAUUUGCAAGUUAUCAUUUAUACUGUGAGAACUCUUGGACUGUAGUUAAAAGUAGUCACCCUAUUUAUGUCGGUGGUAUGAGUCUUAUUUAUAUUUAGAACAAGCACCAUUGCUCUUAAAACAUACAAAUGUCUUCUAAAGAGAGCGCAAGAUAGAUCUGUAGGUCUGGGUAAAGAAUGCCUUUGGCCAACUUCACUUUUGUAUGAUACAAAUCUUUCCAUUUUCCUUAUUGUACUAUGUGAUGCUUUAAACAUAAGAUCAUAAAUAAGUUUGGAAAAUAAAAAGUAAAGGUGACAAGGUUCCCAAAUUGGCAUUCAUGGGAAUGAACGAAUCUAGGGCAUGAGAGGUAUGGGGUAAAUCUUUAAGCUUGGUAUAUUUCGAAGGUUUCAUUUUAAUUUUGCUGUGGGCUUAUUAGGGCUAGAGAAUGUUGGAGGGAGUUGCUUCAGUUUAUUUUCCUCCUUGCCGAUAUUUACAUAAAAUUUGCAAUAAGUAUCACUGAGAUAAAGUGCUGCUACCAGUUGUAAAUAGAUGCAAAUACAAAGUGUGCAAUAUAGCUGCAUUAUUCAGACUGACCAAAGGUUCUGAAAUUAUCCAAGCAUCCAUCAAAACAAUCCAAAUUUUAAUUAUUUUAUCUUGAUUUUAUACAGCAGACAAUGGUUUAUUUUUAGUAUUCCCAACCAUAUCCACUCCAAUUAUGUUUUUAAUUUCAUGCUAUAAUGUAUUCCAACACCAAAUUCAACCUUUAUUGCCCAGAGAGGCUUCAGUCACCACUUACAAGGUUUAAGCCAAGUAACAUAAUCAUGAAUUUCCUGGAGCACUCUAGAUAUUACUUGUUAUUACAGGAUUCAUCAAUAGUUAGUAGAUCUGUCUCAAUAAACCAGCCUGCUCCAUUAGUUUCCACUAGGUGUAUAAGUUUUUAAAAAGGACACUGUGCCACCACAUUAAGAACUCUAUUGAAAAUUAUUUUGAAUGCACAGCAUAGCAUGCUCGUGCAAGGGCAUGGUAGAAGUAUUAUUUUGAUUAUUUUAGUUGAGUAUUUUGCAAUGCUAACAUUUCAUUAAGGGAUGCAGAGAGAAUAUAAAAUGUUUCAGAAUGUCAUUGUUUUGCUAAAUGACACAGUAAGAAAACUUUGUACAGUUUAUCUAAAAUGAGAUUAAAGUGAACAUGAAAGGCAAUGUUGUGUAAAAGUGCAAAAUUUUGAAAAAUAUUGUGCAAUCGUCACUUGAGGAAUCAUUAGUUGAUGGAUCUUUUUAUAUCUUCACCAAAAUAAAUGACUUUGCACAAA